GAAAAAUUCCCUUUCAAGAAUCAGGCUUUCAGCGUUUGACAUCGGCUUCCACAGCGGGCAGCGGCACGCCGCCACGCCGGUACUCCAGCACAGCCCACAAGUCUACCCCGUUUUGCGAUUCUGCACUUCCGCCGUUCUGAACUUCUGGUUAUAAGCCAAUCAGGACAUCAGGAUCGGUGCAGUAUCCUGUGCAUCGGAUCGGUGCCGUAUAUGUGUGAUACACAGAUGCUCGACAGUCGACCCGGUUGAAGCCUUCGAUUCCAAACCCGUAUCCGCUUCCUUUUGGGUCUGACCUCCGACGACAGAGAAUUCACCGUUUUUCUUAACCCAGCUGGCCUGGCCCACUUUGUCUGCCUUGUUUUGAUAUUGAUGGUUUGAUUUAAGGAGAUCAAUGGGGGAGAAGACCAAGUACAGUAUAAUUAUCCCAACUUAUAAUGAACGACUCAACAUCGCCAUCAUUGUUUACCUCCUCUUCAAGCAUGUCAAGGAUGUUGAUUUUGAAAUUAUAGUUGUGGAUGAUGGAAGUCCUGAUGGAACUCAAGAUAUUGUUGAACAAUUGCAACUGGUGUAUGGGGAAGGUCGCAUUCUUUUGAGGCCCCGAUCGGCUAAGCUUGGUUUAGGUACUGCAUAUAUUCAUGGUUUGAAGUAUGCCUCUGGAAACUUUGUUGUCAUUAUGGAUGCCGAUCUAUCCCACCAUCCAAAGUACCUGCCAAAAUUUAUAAAGAAACAAAUAGAUACCGGUGCCGAUAUCGUCACGGGAACCCGUUAUGUUAAGGGCGGGGGUGUUCACGGCUGGAAUCUAAUGCGUAAAUUGACAAGUAGGGGAGCAAAUGUCCUUGCACAGACACUACUUUGGCCAGGAGUAUCAGACUUAACUGGAUCAUUUCGGCUCUACCGGAAGUCAGUGCUUGAAGACAUCAUAAGUUCAUGUGUCAGUAAAGGCUAUGUUUUUCAAAUGGAGAUGAUUGUCCGUGCUUCAAGAAAGCAUUAUCAUAUUGAAGAGGUUCCAAUUACUUUUGUUGAUAGAGUAUUUGGGAGCUCCAAGUUGGGAGGUUCAGAAAUAGUCGAGUAUCUUAAGGGCCUCAUAUAUCUGCUGUUUACAACAUGAACUAUAGAACAACCAACUGAUCACUUUCUUUCGAGUUCCAACUACUUUCAAACAAUGCAUUUUUUAAAGCGAUAUUUGAACUAGUGCUUAGAAACUUUAGACUAGUGACUUUUCCCCCUUUAUUGUCAUUGUAUCAUAAAAACACACCUACAGCCUACAGGAGAAAACUAAUUAUAU